AUGGUGUACAAAAUAACUGAAUUGCGUCAGUUAAAUCUACCGGUCAGUAGAAUAAGAUCUAUUGGAGCUCAAUUUUUAGCGAGCAUGGUUCCCAAUCUACUUUUAAUGGACAUAGGCUUAUCAGUCAGUUUCGUUACGAUCGCAGUACCGAGCCUUCUAAAUGCCGCCGAGGGUCUCUCCCUUACAGACAACCAGGCGUCAUGGUUUGGUAGUCUUCCGUUCUUGACCCAGCCCUUUGGUGCAUUAGCAUCAGGACCGGUGGUGGACUAUUUCGGCAGGAAGAAAGCUACAUUCUUGGUUAACAUUCCUCAUGUUAUUGCCUGGAUUCUUAUGUAUUUUUCGUGGAAUCUACCAUCCUUAUUUAUUGCAAAUGGUCUUUUGGGCUUAGGAACUGGAUUUAUGGAAGCUCCCAUAUUUUCUUAUGUUAGCGAAAUCAGUGAAGCAUCGAUUCGUGGAGCCUUAUGCACAAUUACACAACUCUUCUUGUCCAUUGGUAUAUCAGUAAUGUAUACAUUAGGAGCAGUCGUAAAUUGGCGAGAGGCAGCCCUCAUUUGUCUAUCUAUCCCCGUUAUAAGCAUGGUGCUAGCGUCACUUGUGCUACCAGAUACUCCUGUUUGGUUGCUCUCACAAGGCAGAAACAAAGAUGCCCUUAAAGCACUCUGCUACCUUCGGGGUUGGACUACUCCAGAAAAUGUAUCUAAAGAAUUUAAUGAACUCGUUCAAUACGCAAAGACAAUAGAUUGCUGUGUUAUUUGUCAUGUUGAAAAUAAAGAUAGUAAACCAGGGGAAAUCGAAUGUAAACACAAUAAGAUAAACUUUAUAAAAAGAUCCCUCAUGAAAUUUAACAUCGUCAUGCUUUGUAAGGAGACUUUGAUUCCGUUAUCUUUCACGCUGUUGUAUUUUACAUUCUUUGUCAUGAGUGGUCUAUAUCCCAUUAAACCUUAUAUGGUAAAUGUGUGCGGUGCAAUGGGUAUGGCAACUGAAGGAAAAACUAUUGUCGUAAUGGUUGGAGUUUUAACUCUAGUCGGGAGCGUCGUAAUCAUUGGGUGUAUUAAGCUUCUCGGAAAGCGCAAGAUUGGUAUUUUUGCUAUGCUAGGAUCAGCAGUGUGUUGUACUGGUCUAAGCGUCUACGCUUAUUUAUACCUGGGUGAAAACGUCUUCUCCUAUGAUCCUAAGACUUAUCCAGAAGAGAAAAGUAUAGUUCCCUUAAUCUUCUUUUAUGGACUUGCCAUCUUCACCGUCAUGAAUGUUGUUUGGAUAUUGCUUGGUGAAAUAUUUCCCUUUAGGAGUCGUGCAACGUCACAGGGUAUCGGAGCUGCGUGGAACUACAUAGUGACGUUCCUUGGCGCCAAAACACUGAUCAACUUGGAAACUAAUUUCAAAUUAUCAGGAGCUUUUGCCACGUACGCUGCGUUUUCUUACAUUGGCACGAUUUAUUUAUACUUGUUCAUGCCAGAAACAGAAGGGAGAACCUUACAAGAAGUAGAAACAUAUUACCAAGGGAAAUUUAGAAUUUUUGCUGACGAUUGGUUUAUUAACUUAUUCAAAAAGAAAAACAAGUAG